AUGGCUUCAAUUCUUCGGUUCAGGAAGCUGUGCAUUUUAGUGCCUGUCAAGUGUUCUCCAGUGAGCUACGAAUCACAUGAUGCUCCUGAGGCAGAAAAGAAAGAGGACAGUCCAAUUUCCGCAGUUGAACAAGUUUCUGAGAAGCCACAAGUGAAAAAGAAUAAGAGGCAGCCAAAGCAAUGGAGAUGUAUAGAUAAAUGUUGUUGGAUAAUUGGAUACAUUUGCACUACUUGGUGGCUGAUCCUGUUUUCAUUCAAUUGCUUAACUGCUAAUUUGCCUGGGCUAAAAGUGCCUGAACCUCCUGGUGCUAGACUCAGACGAGAAGGCUUGACAGCUCUCCACCCUGUUGUUUUGGUGCCUGGGAUUGUUACAGGAGGCCUUGAACUCUGGGAAGGGAAGCCUUGCUCUGAAGGCCUGUUUAGGAAGCGGCUUUGGGGCGGUAACUUUGCUGAAAUAUUCAAGAGGCCUUUAUGUUUGUUGGAGCAUCUCUCUUUGGACAAUGAAACAGGGCUUGAUCCUCCAGGAAUUCGAGUUCGUGCUGUUGCAGGACUGGUUGCAGCUGACUAUUUUGCUCCUGGUUAUUUUGUUUGGGCUAACCUAAUCGAGAAUUUGGCAAAAAUUGGCUAUGAGGGUAAGAAUAUGUAUAUGGCUGCUUAUGAUUGGAGGCUAUCCUUUCAGAAUACUGAGAUCAGGGACCAAACUCUUAGUAUAUUAAAGAGCCAAAUUGAGCUUAUGUAUUUAACAAAUGGCCGAAAAAAGGUGGUAGUGGUGCCUCAUUCCAUGGGGGUCAUAUAUUUUCUGCAUUUCCUUAAAUGGGUCGAAGCCCCUCCCCCUAUGGGAGGAGGUGGUGGCCCUGAUUGGUGCAACAAGCAUGUCAAAGCCAUAAUGAAUAUUGGUCCAGCAUUUCUUGGCGUUCCCAAGGCUGUUGGCAGCUUAUUGUCUGCGGAGAGCAAAGAUGUUGCAUUUCUCAGAGCAAUGGCGCCUGGUCUUUUUAGUUCUAAGACUCUUGGCCUUCAGACUCUGGAACAUGCUAUGAGGGUUGGUCGAACAUGGGAUUCAGUCAUUUCUUUGUUACCUAAAGGGGGAGAGACUAUCUGGGGUAACCUAGAUUGGUCACCUGAAGAAGGACAUGUAUGUGAUUCGUUGAAGAAAAGGCAGCUGCAAGCCUCUGCAAGUGACGAUAAGGGCAACAACAGUGACUCCAGAAGGGCUUUCCAUGUAAAAGAGCUGACAAAGUAUGGCAGGAUUGUAUCUUUUGGAAAGAACGCAUCAGAAUUGCCUUCUUCACAAUUCUCUCCUCUUGUUUUCAAGGGAAGUUCCACCAACUCUGCCAGUGUGUCUUGUGGAAAGGUAUGGACAGAAUAUAAUGAGAUGAGCCAUGACAGCAUCAGAAGAGUCGCUGAAAACAAAGCCUACACAGCAGAAACUGUAAUGGAUCUUCUCCGCCUCGUGGCUCCAAAACUGAUGCAGCGUGCCGAGGCUCAAUUCUCUCAUGGAAUUGCUGAGGACUUGGAUGACCCCAAGUAUAACCAUUACAAGUACUGGUCAAAUCCUCUAGAAACCAAGUUACCUAAUGCUCCAGAUAUGGAGAUUUACUGUCUAUACGGUGCUGGACUACCCACUGAAAGGUCCUAUGUGUACAAGCUCACUCCUUCAGACAGGUGCAAGAGUAUUCCCUUUCAAAUCGAUGGCUCAGCAGAUGGAAGUAACAGCUGCUUGAAGGGUGGAGUGUACUUCGGGGAUGGUGACGAGUCUGUACCAGUUAUAAGUGGGGGAUUCAUGUGUGCUAAAGGCUGGCGAGGGAGAACAAGGUUCAAUCCAUCUGGGAUUGCUACUUACAUAAGAGAGUACCACCACAAGGCACCAACAAGUCUGCUGGAGGGCAGGGGACUAGAAAGCGGUUCACAUGUCGCUAUAAUGGGCAAUGUGGCCUUCAUUGAGGAUGUUCUGCGGGUCGCAGCAGGGGCUUCAGGUGCAGGGUUGGGAGGUGACAAAGUUUACUCUGAUAUAAUGAGAAUGUCUGAGCGAAUAGAUAUCAGACUUUAAAUUGCUCUAUUCAGGAGACUGAGGUUUACUGCUCUGCAUGUACCAAGAACAAGAUUUUGAUAGCAACCCCAGCUGAAAAAUGUUGUAAACAACUGGUCAAUUUAGAUAAA